AUGGUCUGCCCCCAAAACCAACCCCUGCCCCUCCCUGCAUACAAAGACGAGCCUAUUGUCGAAGGUGCUUUGCUAGAUCUAGCAGACUUUUUGGCACCUCCAACCCUGCCUGCGGCCGAGUCGCUUUCAGAGGACCAGGACCUGAUCUGUUUUGAGGAAGCCAAUCCUGCAAGUCCUCAAAAGAACUUGCGCUCAAGUGAACCCGAAGACGUCCUGGUGUCAUCGGAUUCAGAGUCUGAGGACGAGGUUUUUUUUGGCCCGUGUACAGUUCAGGAGAAGCUCGCCUGUGAGCUCGUAGAGGUACCGCCUACCCCAAACAUGGCUAUUCGUGGGGCGUUUACUCCACGGCCAUCACGACCAUCCUCGGUGUGCCCCUCAACGACCAAACACCAGCGCUUAUUGCGCGUCCAUCAGGACCACGACGGACAGAUGCCAAUCUGUGCCAUUGCUUCUUUAAGCAUCGCCGAAACGCACCCCAAGGCACAGCACGUGAGCGCUGAGGAGGAUGGCAAGGCAACAGUUGCCCGGGGCGACACGAAGAAAGCCAGCGGAAAUGGUGAGGCAAGCGAUGAGGAGGAGGAUGACGACGACGAAGAGGACGACGAGAUCUUCUUUGGCUCAAUUACGGACCGUGAGGUCAUAAAGGGCAUGGCUGUUGUGCGCCACGAGCUCCAAAGUGGCUGGAAUGAGGAGAGAGAAGCAUCGCAGGAGGAUGCUGCACCUGUGGCGGCGGAUCACGAUGAUAGCCCAUCUGAAGAGUCGGUAGCCCCUCCCAAGUCACACAUUCCGGCGCCUAGCUCUCGCUUGCCUCGCGCACCCGGCCCGUCGCGUGCCUCCGGCCUUGCACAACCUACACGGCGACCCGCCCGCAGUCGAACCGCUAUGCAGCAUGGUGUUGCUCCUGCCAUUGAUGUGAUCAACGUGGAAAAGGCGGCCGCAGAGAGUGCAGACGUCCUUGCACGCUUGCGAGCACAAACCCUGCGCUCAGUGGUGCCGGCCGUCCCCAGCCUGGGGCUAGCGCCCAUUGUCCACACCCCGCCGCGCGAUGGAUCCGCCUCUAAUUCCACACCUCACCAGGGCCAUAUGAGAAAUGCAGCAGACACAUCUCCAGCGCGCGCCGAGGCCGAGGCUUCAGCAGAGACACAAGCUGUGCAAACCGUUUCUCAGAACCGAGCACAGCGCCAGCCACAGUCGUCCAAGCUUCAAAAGCCUGGUACAGCACUACCGUGCUCGCGCCAACCCACGCGUCAAUCUUCCUUGCGCAAACCCUCGACUCAUUCAUCAAGGGGACAGGCGCCCACAAAAAGUGGCCUGCCUGCGACCAAGCGUUUCGGACUUCAGGAAGUUACUAAUCAAGGCCGUUCCACCACGACUACUAAAUCAAAGAGCUCUCGGGCAGGCUCAGGAGCUAUCUCAGCGACUGCGCCAGGUGUGCGCACCAAAUGCCAGCCGAGCUUGACCGACUUUCCCUCACCGGUUCUUGGGGCCAAACCGAAAUCCUGGAAGAUUUGCCAUUCGCCGGGUGCUUCUAAAGAUGCCAAGUCGACCACUGCACGCAAGCCGGGCAAGUGGUCACCAGUGAAGAAAGCGCGAACAUUUGACGAAAUUCAGCAGCUCUACUUCUAG